AAAACUACGAGUACAAAUUGAAAUACAACAAGCACUUUUCAGUGGUCAGCUUUAUCUUGUACUUGUCCGUCAAACAUUUUGAUACAACCAUAUUAGGUAGUUGCGGACGAGAACGAAGUCGGAGUCCUCGACUCAUCAUCUCCAAAAAAUAGUUUGUUCUUACUUUGCACAUAAAACUACAAGGAAAAAUAUAAAAAAGGAAUCAAAAUGUCCGCCUUUCAUCCGGGAGGCGGGUACAACCCCUCUGGUGUAGGCUACGCCUCGCGUCCCGCAUCGUACUCGAUUUUGACUUUGAAUGCGUGGAACACCGAAGAAUGGGAGCAUAGGCGAGAGGUAGUCGUAGACUUUUUCCGGACCUACAAACCUGACAUCGUCACUCUUCAGGAAGUGCGACCUGAAGUCCUCGAGGCAGUGAGCGAAGGCCUCGAAGAUGAUCCAGCUGUUAAGGCCAAUACUAGAGGUGUCUCUACUUAUAGAACAAGGCGUCCCUUGAAGGUGACAUUGAAGAUUAAGGGUAUAAUCCAGCUGUGCCAGCUGCCUGGUUAAGGCUCGAUAACAAGCAUAAGCUAGUAUUUACGCACUGCCAUUAAAUUUUCGAUCCUGAAAAAUUGUUGGUACUAGUAGUAUAUUAAUUGUAUAUAUUUGUAGUCUAGUUUAACUAUCUACUAACCUUUUCUCUCUUCACCAAUGAAACUCUUGUGAGACAACCCAACUACCACCACCUUAGGGAACACCAAUAAAGAAUGGCCUCUCGUCUCAACUUCUCACUUUGUGACUCAAGCACCUGAAGCAAAGACUAUUGCUCUGGCUCUAUUGAUAUACUUUUUUGUUUAAAGAGAAGUAACGACUUGGUCUUGUUAGUAGUUUCUUUGAUGAACAUGAAAUAGAAACAUCAUUACAUAUUAUGAGCCGGUUGUUCCACUUGCAGUCCACGUCUUCUUGCAAAUCCUCCGUCGUGGUGCUCUAAGACCAAACAUCUUCAGCAAAAUGUGAUGGAGCAUGCGAGGACGCCUUCGAUGCGAAGCAUCAAAAACGAACGGUCGUCGUCAACGAUGAGAAAGUCGACGGGCACAUCCUGCACUGACGACGACAAUGUCGCAGGAGAGAUGAGUAAAUCUUGUACGAAGAGAACUUCGACAAUGGGGACCACGUCUGCAGAGGAGUUAUCUGCUGUUGAACAGCAACAGAGCAUUCGGAGUACGGGAAGUUGCAUAGUAGGUAGCCAGGAUUUUCAUGAGCCUAGCGCUACGAAGUCUUCAUCAACUGGGGGCGCAGAAACAUCGCUAGCUUCACCUCUGGCUGCUGUUCUUGGAAAGCAGAAGAAGUGGCGGUGCCUUGAGGACGCGAGCUGUCCUGGACUCACCUGCGAGGGGAACAUUUUCUGGAAUUCAGAGGUGUUUGAGGAGGUCGCAUUCGGCGCUGAGGAUGUGGAUAUCGAUGAGCCGCAUCGUGCGCUCUUUUGGGUACUACUGCAGGAAACCAACAACCAGUACUACCCUACUCGUCGCCGCGUGUUGGUGUCGACCUGUCAUCUAACGUGGCAGGGUGAUUGGCGCUAUCUUGCACUCGUCGGCGGUGGACUCUCGAAGACAACGUCCAUACCAGCCUUUGGCUCUACAUCCUCCCCAGCGGGUCUCACUGGUGAACAGGUUGGAGACGGCGCAACCUCCAGUGGUACAGCAAAAAACAGCAGUUCCGCUACUUUUUCCUGCGUUUACGACAGCCAGCUGAUUGAUCCGCGCAAGAAGCAGAUGCAAAAGGUGGUUGAAGUGCUGCAGCGAUGGGGCUCGGGCGGCGGCGAUGACGAGGUUGGCGAUGAAGUUGCGAUAUUCUUCACCGGCGAUCUCAAUUGUGGAUUUGCACCACGUGCAAUUCUGCGUAGCGCAUUGCCAUACAUGCAGGACUGCUUCGCCGGUCUACAAAUGCUGUUAUGGUGUGAAAAAUGUUGACUGCAACUAAAAAGAAGUACGAGGAGCACCAUGACCAUUAUUCUUGUUCGCGUUGUCUGAUCAAGACGUAGCAAUACUAUGAUUCACGUAACGAAUAAGGGCCAUAUAGAAGCGGGUGGACGACAUCGAGUUCGAGAUAGACAAGCUACUAGUAUUACAGUCCGGCAUCAUCUCUACUACCACAGGGUAUUCAGUUAUAAUGUGACGUAUCCUCACAGUCACAACCACUAUCACAUCUUCACGGAUACAACCCCUCUGCUAAUUUUUCCGCCUAUGACGCAUCCCGCUCCACCUGUUCCGCCUGAGGAGCAAAUGAUGCCGCAGCAGUGUUUGGAUUGGAUCUUUUAUGACCAGCGAUGGAUUCAGCCUGUGAUGGCUUCCAGAGUUAGCAAAACGUAUCUCGGCCGCGUAGACCCUGUUUCCGAUCACUACCCUGUCUACUUCUCGUUCCAGUUCAAGCGGAACAAAGACCCUCGACGCGACUGGAUGGCAGGCGAUCCCUACUUCGAGGUACUGAAGAAAUAUAUCCCAACAACACAAAACCAAAACGAAAACUCCACGGACCAGCAGCAAAAUCAAGGAGGAGCUGGAGAAGCAUCUGAAAAGAAACCCGCUACAUCUUCGGCUGAAGAUGGAAUCGACUCCAUUCAACAACAAGUUCAGCAUGGCGAAAUUGUGUGACGACCGCAUAAUCUUUCACUUCGCGUUGUUUCUAUGAGGCGACGCUUCAUCUUGGAUGAUUUUCCUUUCGACUAGAAAAUACAAAGAUAUUGCCGUCUUGUCAUUCAUUUUCACGACCAAUUUUUUGGGAAAGCGACACACGCAGGACACACUGUGAUCAAUUUUCAAUACGCCAACAUUUUUUACCAAGUGCGUAGGCAACGUCAAGGUCAACGUGUCAGUUUCUUUGACGAGGCAACUCACUCUAUAGAUGAUGUCGGAUUCAUCAACCAAGUACAUCGUCAUAAUCGACGAAGCUUAUGAUAUCCGCGCUAGUAGAGGAGAUUGAGUAUGCGAGGGUCAUGUCACACAAAAAAGUAUCAGCACACCGGUCUUCAUGCUCAUGUUGAUCACUGAACUUCUGUAAAGGUUAACCUCAAACUCCCUUACAAGAUCAACC